UAAAUGCGUGGUAUAUAAAAAAAAACCUUAAGAAAUGUCAUUUUAUUUGUCAAUUGUCGACAACUUGUAGCUUUAAGUUAAUUUUAUAUAGUUUUAUUCAUAAAUUUAGUGAAAUCUCAAAAUUUUAGUUAUAAUGGCAUCAGGAGAACCGAAUCUAAAAGACUGUCCUUAUAUUUGUCCAAGUGAGCGUGGAAAACAGAUAGAGCCAGAGUAUGGUGCGGCGGGAGGGGGUUCGCACGAGAACCCCUACGAGCGGCCCUACGUGCCGGGGCAAGUGCAACCCCCUGUACCUAAGGUGUACCCACCGGGUGCCCCACCGACGUACCUCCCCCAGCCAACAGAUAGCACCAGCGGGGACUUCCUCGGCAUGAGCAGCGUGGGCCCCUGGGCCGCCGGACAUCUUGACUGGACCCCGCAAGCGGGCAUAACCGGCGUCCGACCUGUCGUCGACAAAUACUCCAUCACCAGAUAUUCAACCGGAGAGUGGAGAAAGAACAACGAGUACAUCCUCACUCCGAGAGCGACCGACAAAGCUAUAGCUAUGGAGAAGCGGUUCAAAAAAGAAAUAGCGGACACUUUUGAUCAAAUUAACGGCGCACAAAAUAACUCUAACAACAAUUUAAAGAAGAGAGUUAAAGACUUAUCUUCGUGGCAGAAGAAGGUUGAGGCUGCUGAACAUGCUAUCAGCGAGGAAAUAAACAUACUAGACGAAUACAGGGCAAGGCUAAAGGGCGCUUGUCGUAUCCUCAUGCUGCCUGAAGCUAUUUCCAAGGAAUGCCUCGAACUGAGAACGUCUCGCUACGAGCCCGACUUAGUCCGAGAUGAUGCCGAACAAGAACUGGUCAACGAAGUCGCAAUAGUCGGGGAAAUACGGAGAGUUUUCACCGAAACUCUAGCUAAAGUCGAAGAGCAAAUGUUGAAGAAUAAGGCGGCCAAGUCAGCUAUCGAGUUUGACUGGAGCGACAAAAUGCAAACACUAAAAGCGGACAAGAAGAAUUUAAGCAUGACUCCAAAAUCUUCCCUAAUCCUAGCGCAUCCCGGUGUAGCGCGAUGGCCAGAAAACUCUACAACUUUAGAGUACUGGGAGCAUUUCUGCAGUGAGAGCAUCAGAAACUGUGAUGACGUCAGACAUGAGUCCGAGAAUUUGAGAGGUGACCUGAUGACCGCUAUCACGAAAGGAGCUCAGGACUUGAAGACUCAAGCUAAUAGGACCAACAUGGCGCUCGCAGACUCAAUACUAGCCACGCAGCAGUGUUGCGACCACCUCGAGAGGAACCUUAAGGAGAAUUUGCAGAAAACUGCCGAUGUUGAGAACUUGAUAGAUUACCUUAAAGAUUCUCUAAGGAAGGCUGAUGAGAGCUGCAAGUUAUCUGAGACGCGACUACACGCAAGGAACUAUGAGAGGCCUAACGUGGAAAACUGCAAAGACGAAGCUCAGUAUGCCUUGAUGGCUGAGCAUAAACUCAUAAAAGAGAAGGCUGAGGCUCUGCGGGGUCAGGUGAGGGAAGCGGAGGGGGUGAGGAGUGAGCUGAUGAAGUACCGAGGGGACCUGGAGAAGGAGAUCGCGUGUAAGAGGAAGAGUUUGAGCAUCAACGAGGACAGAUGCGCGCGAGCGAGAGCGCACAUGCCUACGCCGGAAGAUUUCGCCGCGUUGUGAAUUGAGAUUUUAAUAUCAUUGGGUAAUAAAUCAUGAAUAAACAAUAACUUUUUAAUACGAA